AUGGACGAAGACAGUGGAAGUGGAACCAUCAACAUUUCACCGAUGAAAAGAAAUCCUCGUGGAAAAUUUGUUGGUUCUCGGCAGAAAUUGAUGAUCGUCAACCUGUACAAGGCUAAAAUGGCUCAGCAAGACAAUGCAGACGGCCCAAAAUUAAAAGCGAAAGAGAUUAUUAAGCAAAUAUCAGAAGAAAUUGGUAUAGGGCAAAGGACAGUGAGUGUUACUCUAUCAGAAUACAGAAAUAAAGGCAGUGUAUCAUCCCCUAACAAAACCAAAAUCCGACCAACUGUUACGGAAAAAGUUGAUGAUUUUGACCAAAAUGCAAUUAGGCAAAAAGUUCACGAGUUUUGGCACAGGCGGGAAAUUCCAACUUUAAAGAAAAUUUUAACUACAGUUAACGAAGAUUCAACUUUACCAGAUUUUUCCGAAACAACAUUACGUAGACUUUUAAAACAUCUCAAUUUUGAAUAUGUUCGAAAAUCUCGUAAUAGCGCUCUCAUUGAAAGAAUUGAUAUUGUGUGUUGGCGUCGAAGGUACUUGGAGUCUAUAAAAGAAUACCGUCAGUUAGGUAGACCCAUCUAUUAUCUGGACGAGACAUGGGUGAAUGCUGGUGAAACCACUUCGAAAACAUGGGUCGAUAAAACUGUCAAUUCACCACGGGACGCAUUUCUAAGAGGAUUAACGACUGGACAAAAGGAACCGUCCGGUAAAGGCAAACGUCUCAUCGUGGUACACAUAGGUUCAUCUGACGGCUUUGUUGUUGGUGGACUUUUAUGUUUUGAAUCAAAAAAAAAUACAGACGAUUACCACGAUGAGAUGAACGGUGAUACCUUUUAUGACUGGUUCGCUAACAUUUUACCAUUACUUCGUGAAAAUGCUGUUAUUGUCAUGGACAACGCGUCGUAUCAUUCUGUGAAGAAGCACACGUUUCCGGUAAGAUCUUGGAAAAAACAAGACAUUAUUGAUUGGUUGACAGAUAAAGGUGAAGUAAUAGAUAAACCAAUGGUCAAGGAACAACUGUUGGAACGAGCGCAAAUUUUAAAACAACAGUACAAAUGUACAAUACAUAUGUUAUAG